CUCACACAGUCAUGGGCCAUACUGGGAUUCGGAGGUGGACCCUGUUUGUCUGCCUGAGCUGGAUGUUUGUGCAGGCGGUAGCAGAACCGCAGUACCUGGUAGCCAUACCUUCAGAGUUAGAAGCCGGGGCUGAGACCCAAUUCUGUCUGAGUCUCCUGCAGACCGACAAGCCUCUGCUCAUCACCGUCACGCUGACCUCCGAAGAAGAGGAGACAAUCCUUCUAAACACGACAUCCAGCGUGGAAUUACAUGAAUGCUAUACGUUCCAGACUCCUUUAGUGAAGAAUUAUAAACUUCACAAUUUCAAGGUGAAGGUUGAAGGCGAUGAAUUCCUCUCGGAAGAAGUCAGGAAAGUAUUUGUCAAAGACUAUGGACAGAUGACGUACGUCCAAACAGAUAAACCGCUCUACCUACCAGGACAAACAGUGCAUUUCAGAGUCUUCACCCUGGACCACAAGUUCAGACCUGCUGAUGAGCUGUACAAUACCAUCGAAAUAAUGGAUUCAAAGCAUAACCGGCUCAGGCAGUGGGUGAACACAACGUCUAAUGGAAAAAUAUUGCAGCUGUCUUACUCCUUGAACUCUGAGGCUCGUGAAGGAAAAUGGAAAGUUCAAGUUGGGAUUGGUGAAAGAAAGAUAUAUCACAUAUUCAAGGUGGAGAAAUAUGUUUUGCCAAAAUUUGAUGUAAAAAUAAAAGCGUCCAAUGAAAUAUGCGUUGGACAGGAGGAAAUCGAAGUGGAAGUCUGUGCAAAAUACACUUAUGGACAACCUGUGCCAGGAAGUGUUUCGUUUAAGACGUGCCGACCUCUGAAACCACCCGUUAAACUUGAUAUCACAGAGCUGUGCUACAUGGAGACAAAGAAGACAGAACAGAACGGCUGUGCCAGGUUUAAUUUCGACAUGUCAACCUUCACAAAACUGGACCCAAAGGCAUUGUGGGAUAGACUGUUAAUCAACGCUGUAGUGAAAGAGGAGGGAACAGGUAUUGAACAAUCACGGGUGAGAAUGAUGGAACUUUCUUAUGUGGUUGGAAAGUUGUUCUUUAUUGACACACCCAGGUUUUAUGAUAAGGGAUCAAUUGUGGAAGGAAAAGUUAAAAUGGUUACCUUCAAAAAUGAACCUGUUCCGGACAUGCCGGUCUAUUUGUUACGUGAUCGGUGGGGGAUACAGAACCUCACGACUGACAGCAAUGGUAUCGCCCCUUUCACACUAAAUAUGACCAACUUUGAGAACAACAUCCUCCUCAAAGCUAGCCUGAAUGAAGACCCAGAUCAAUACAGUCGCUUCGAAGGUCCACGCUAUGAGACUGGAAAUCAACAACUUUCCUUGGUGUUGCCGUCUUCUCCUGAUACUAAAUCAUCCAGCUCUCUGAAGGUGAAGACAAAGAACGACAAGCUUCCCUGUGACAAAGAGGACUACUUUUCCAUCCUCUACACUUUUGUGGGAGAUACCCGAAGUGCAGUGGAUGUGAUGUAUCUGGUGUUAUCCAGAGGAAACAUUGCCAUGCAAGGACAUCAAAAGGUGGAAGUGCAAAAUGAACCCGUGACUGAUGGGAAGAUCAUCUUUACAUUGAAAGUGACUCCAGAUUUAGCACCAGAGUUCCAGGUUGUAGCUUACACCGUCCUCCCCAAUGAGAUUAUUAUCGCCGACAGUGCUAUCUUCCAAACCGAGAAAUGCUUCAGCCACAAGGUAUCCUUGGCGUUUUCUCCAACCUCAGCAAUACCAGGAGAGGGAACCACCCUUCAGGUGUCGGCCAAUCCGGGCUCUCUGUGUGGUGUGAGCGCCGUUGACCAGAGCGUCCUUAUCGAUGAGCCAGGGAAGACUCUGGAUGCAGAGAAGAUAUUUAAACUUCUGCCUGAGAAAAAAGACUAUGUUGAUGAUCCUAAAGUAUGUAUAAAUGUGAAACGCACGAGAUCUACACACAGACGCAGUAGACCGAGCAGUGAAGAUGGUGGUCAUGAAGUUUUUGUGAAAUUGGGGCUGAAGAUUGUAACAAAUAUGUUUACCAGGAUGCCUUUAUGUUUGAACUUCAAGGGGAAAAUAUACGGUGAAAAAGGUGGGUAUGGUCCUAUCGCUUGCAAGUUUUCUGGACCUACGACAACCUUUGAAUUGAUCAAGUCAAUCCGCACUUUCUUCCCUGAAACUUGGAUAUGGAAACUGGUGGAAGUUGGAGAGUCUGGAUCGACAGAUUUGUCGCUCACUGUCCCGGACACCAUCACCACCUGGGAGACGGAGGCUUUCUGUUUGUCCCCUCAGGGAUUCGGCUUGGCUCCGAGGGAGACGCUCACAGUCUUCCAGCCUUUCUUCCUAGAGCUUGACCUGCCUUACUCCAUAAUCCGAGGGGAGCAGUUUGAUCUGAAGGCGACUGUCUUCAACUACCUGUCCAGCUGCAUCAUGGUCACUGUGACUCCAGCUGCCUCAACAGAUUUCACCCUUACCCCGCUCGUCGAUCAACAGUACACAUCCUGUCUGUGUGCUACCGAACGCAAAACUUUCAGAUGGACCAUGUCCCCUUCGGUCUUAGGGGUCGUGAACGUGACAAUGUCCGCUGAGGCGGUGGCCUCCCAUGUGUCAUGUGACAAUGAGAUUGUGAGCGUGCCAGACAGAGGUCAUAUCGAUGUGGUCACACGAACCCUCAUAGUGAAGGCUGAGGGAACAGAGAUGACAAAAACCUUCAACUGGCUGCUCUGUCCAAAUGGGGAGGCUCUUACAGAAGAAGUAGAGCUGCAGCUUCCUGACAAUGUGAUCGAUGGAUCUGCCCGAGCUUCCCUGUCUGUGCUGGGUGACAUCAUGGGCCGGGCCCUGAAGAACCUGGAUGGACUGCUGCAGAUGCCGUAUGGAUGUGGGGAGCAGAACAUGGCUCUUCUGGCCCCCAACAUCUACAUCCUCGAGUACCUGAAGAACACACAGCAGCUGACCUACGCCAACAAGGAAAAGGCUGAAAACUUUCUGAUGAAUGGCUAUCAGAGGCAGCUCAACUACAAGCACUAUGAUGGUUCUUACAGUGCGUUUGGAAAUGGAAAGCAGAACACCUGGUUGACUGCUUUCGUGCUGAGAUCCUUUGUUAAAGCGAGUUCAUUUGUCUUCAUUGACCCUGAAGUCGUUGAAAUGGCCAGGCGUUGGAUUGAGAGUAAACAACGUGAAAACGGCUGUUUCGAACAGUCGGGGAAACUCUUUAACAACAAGAUGAAGGGCGGUGUGUCUGAUGAAGUGACUCUCAGUGCUUACAUUACUGCAUCCCUCUUGGAGAUGAACAUAACGGGAACUCCUCUUGUUGUACAAAGAAGCUUGUCCUGCCUCAGGGAGUCCAUGGGUAACCUGAGCAACACCUACACCACAGCUCUGCUGGCGUAUGUCUUCACCCUGGCAGGAGACAUGCAGACCCGCACUCUCCUUCUGAAACGCCUCGGCACAGUGGCUAUACAGCAAGGGGAUUUACUUCACUGGUCUCAGGAUGAGGAAGAUACAUCAACGUCUCAGGAUGAGGAAGAUACAUCAACGUCUCAGGAUGAGGAAGAUACAUCAACGUCUCUGUCUGUGGAGAUCAGCUCUUAUGUGCUUCUGGCCUUACUCAGUGCAUCUCCCUCUGCCGAGGACCUGCGAUUGUCAUCCAGCAUCGUCAGAUGGCUGACAGGACAGCAGAACCAGUACGGAGGCUUCUCCUCUACCCAGGACACCGUGGUGGCUCUGCAGGCUCUGUCUCUGUACUCCACUAAAGUGUUCAAUCCUGAAGGUUCCAGCACUGUGACAGUUCAAGCUCCCAGCGACCAGCUGACGUUUGAUGUAAACCCUCACAACAAACUGCUCUACCAAGAGGAGGCUCUGAAGGACAUGACAGGAAAUUACAGCCUGGAGGUGAAGGGAACUGCCUGUGCUUCAAUGCAGAUUUCUCUUCAGUACAACAUCCCGUCUCCUCCACCAGCCUCUUCUCUCCGUGUGGAGGCUGAACCGCAUGCUGACUGCAUGAGCACAUCUCGCAGCCUCAGUCUGACGCUGAAGUCGGUACAUUAUGGAAGCGACAACAUGACAAACAUGAUGAUAAUGGAAAUCAAACUACUCUCUGGAUUUAUCCCAGAUGCUGAGUCUUUAAGGAUGAUCAGAGACUCUGAGCUGGUGGAACGUCUUGAAUAUAUUGGAGAUCGUCUUAUCGUUUAUAUACGGGAGUUACUGAAAAAUCAAAUCACGCGCCACUUUCUAAUUCUCCAACGUAAGCUUCCAGUGCGGAACCUGAAGCCAGCUUUGGUGAAGAUCUACGACUACUAUCAGCCAAGUCACAGCGCUGAAUUUGAGUAUGCGCACCCCUGUGCUACAGAUUGAAGAGUGAAGGUCCUUACCGGCAAAAGCUUGUGGAUUGUUUAAUGAGAAUCAAUACAUUUGAUUAAACUUUGAAUAUUUCUGUCA